AUGGCCAAGAGCGGGCACACUCCCUUCGGUGGACCUUACGGGCGCCGCCUCUAUGUCAACGUCGUCGACGAGACCGCCAAAGCUCAUCCUGAUCGAGCAUGGAUCUAUGCGCCACGCUCCUCGGAUGAGCGGGAUGGCUGGAAAGCCAUUACUUGGCGGCAGCACGCCAACGCCGUGAACCGCACAGCCAACUGGCUCGUCGAGCGGUUCGGUAAACCGGAGCACAAGUCAUUUCCCAGCCUUGCCUACGUCGGACCAAACGAUGCCCGGUACCUGGUGCUCUUUGCCGCAGGUGCGAAGGCUGGCUACCAGAUCAUGUUCCCGUCUACACGCAAUAAUACGGAAAGCCAAGUCUCACUACUUCAAGUAACAAAAUGCCAGAAACUACUGUAUAGCAAGGAAUACGCCAGGAGAAUCCAGCCUUGGGUGCAGGAGUCUGGCGUCGGAGCGAUGGCGAUGCUGGGCCUCGACCAAGUAUUGGACGAUGCGCCUGCGCCUAUUCAUCCCUACAACGAGACAUUCGAGUCGGCCGAGUUCGAUCCUGUAGUGAUAAUGCACACGAGUGGCAGCACUGGUAUUCCAAAGCCUAUUUACUGCAAACAGGGUCUUUUUACAUCGGCGGAUAACUAUCACAAUUUUCUAGAGUAUGAGGGCUCUACCUUUGUCAUGGAGGCCAUGGCAACCUGUUCCAAAAACACGUAUUGUCCACUGCCGCUUUUCCAUGCGUUUGGUCUGUACUGCUUUGUCAACAUCCCGACAUUCUGGGGCAAGCCGAUGACGCUCGCGAUUGCCGACAAGCCCUUGACAGCUGAGAAUGUCGUGAAAGGCUACGAGGCUGCCGACUGCGAUGCUGUGUUACUCCCACCGUCCACUGUGGAGGAUAUAGCGAGGCUCGACGGCGGUGUUGAGAAGCUGAAGCAACUGAGUUAUGUCUGUUGCGGCGGUGGUGGUAUUUCGAAGCAGGUGGGUGAUGAUCUUACGUCACAGGGUGUCAAGCUCAAUAACUGCAUUGGGAGCACCGAGUACCAUAUUUACCCUCUGUAUUGGCAGACCAAUUACAAGAACUGGGAUUGGUUUAUUUUCGACAACAAGCUAUUUGGCUGCAAAUAUGACCACGUCGGCGAGAACAUCUACGAGCAGACCAUUGUUCGACAGGAGCCGUUUCAGUCCAUCUUCUACACGUUUCCCGACGCGACCGAGUACAAGACGGGCGACCUGUUCGAAAAGCAUCCAACUCUGCCAGGGCACUGGCGCUCACAGGGCCGCUUGGACAACAUCAUCGUCUUCAGUAAUGGCGAGAAGCUAAACCCGAUCAGCAUUGAAACAACCGUGUCUAUGCAUCCCGAUCUUCGGCAGGCGCUCGUUGUCGGCCACGGCCACUUCCAAGCCGGCAUGAUUCUGGAGCCUGUGCAAUGGCCGCUCGACGAGGCGCAAAAGGGAGCGCUCAUUGAGAAGGUCUGGCCAGUCAUCGAAAAGGCCAACGCAGCAACCGUUGAGCAUGGGCGUGUUGCUCGUCAUCUUGUCACUUUAUCGAACCCCGAAAAGCCUUUUCUCUACUCUCCAAAGGGCUCCUUGCGACGUGGUGCCGUGAUCAAGAUGUACAAAAAGGAAAUCGAUGAUCUCUUCUCGGCACAAGAGGUCAUUGAGGCAGCUCAGCUGGACACUACUAACGUCGAGAGCCUGACUACGGGCAUUCGAUCUCUUUUCAACGGAGCUUCGCCUGGAGAUGCCAUGGAGGAUGAAGACGACUUUUUUCUGCAGGGAAUCGAUUCACUGCAAGUUAUUAACAUUGCCAAAAGAAUUACCGCGGGUCUGAAGAUUGCUGGGGUCGCCGAAGAUUUGGCAUCUCUCGCACCGCGGGACGUAUAUGCGCAGAGCACCGUUACCAAGUUGUCAAAAUUUCUGUUCGAUCGGAUCCACGGUAGACAGAGUAACGGGGUACACAGACAAACUGAAGUCCUCCAAGCUUUGGUGGACAAGUAUAGCGCCGGUCUUGCCAAGAGCAGCGACAGCCGCCCGCCGGCGAAGUCUACGGGCAAGACUGUUGUUCUGACUGGAUCAACUGGUAGUCUCGGAUCUUAUUUCCUUCACUUCCUGAUCCACGACAAUCAGGUCGCAAAGGUUAUUUGCCUGAAUCGGUCCGAUGACGGCGGUCGGGCAAAGCAGCUCGAAGCCAAUAGAGAACGUGGCCUGUCUACCGUUUUUGACAAGGUCAUCUUCUUGCAUGCUGAUCUCUCGCGGCCGGACUUGGGCCUGAAGGCAGAUGAUCUCAGAGAGGUACAGCAGUCGGUCGAUUGCAUUAUUCACAACGCUUGGCCGGUCAACUUCAAUAUUGCGGUCCAAUCGUUUGAGGGCCACAUUCGUGGCGUUCGCAACCUGAUUGACACUGCGCAAAAGGCUACUGUGAAGGCUUCGAUCACUUUUAUUUCGUCGAUCGGGACCGUCGAUAAAUGGUCUACGCAGUCUGCCGUCCCAGAGACCAACUUGACAGACUUCAGCCUCGCGUCGAUGGGUUACGGCCAGUCCAAGCAGGUCAGCAGCAUCGUGCUGGACAUUGCCGCGAAGCUUGCUGGUGUUCCUGCCGCCGUGGUACGUCUUGGUCAGGUGGCUGGGCCGACGACACAGCAGGGCUCUUGGAACGUUCAUGAGUGGCUGCCGACGAUCAUCGAGUCCUCGGUUCAGCUGGGUUCUUUGCCUGAAAGCCUGGGUAGCAUGGCGGUUGACUGGGUGCCUGUCGACAAAGUUGCGCGCACCAUCCUCGACAUGGCAGCUUAUACUUCCGAGGCUACAGACUUUAGCAGCGGGGCAGAAUUCUUCAACCUCGUCAAUCCCAAGACAGCCUCUUGGUCGACGAUUGCGCCUGCCGUGGUCAGCUUCUACGAGCAGAGAGGCAAGAGGCUGCAGUUAGUGAGCCUCGAUGAAUGGACCAAGGCUGUCGAGAAUGCGCCGGCUUCGUCCAGCCUCUCGGCGAUUAAGCUGCUCGAUACGUACAAGGCCAUGGCGGAGGGUGCAGAGAACGGUCCCGGCGCAAGGUUUGCGACGGACAAGGCGCAGGUGGCGAGCAAGACACUGGCAAGCAUGGAGGCAAUUACACCGGAACUGAUGGCUUUGUGGUGCCAGCAGUGGAAUUUUGCGACGUAG